CGAGCUAAAACACUAACUAGCAUUCUAAGACGCAGACAAAACGACGACUGGCACAUUAGUGCACUAGCGCGCACGCACAAAAAAAAGCUAGCAAGUGUUGUAGCGGAAAAACGAAAUGAUUAGCGUUUUAAUGACUAGCCUUUUAGUAAACUGAUUGAAUUAAAACAUCGAAUUCCGACUAGCGCGUUAGUAAAUCGGCUAAAAACGCUGACUCACACUUUACCAAGAGACAAAACGACGACGAGCGCUUCAGUAAACUAGCCAGAAGAAGUUAUAUCAGGCAAACAAAAAUCAUGACUUGCAUUUUAGUAACACUAAUUAGCGUUACAGCAAACCUUUAAAUAAACAGAUCAAAUUAUGGCUAGCGUUUGAGUAAAUCAGUCUAAGCGCUAACACUUUACCAAAGACACAAAACCAUGAUUUAGCAUUUUAGCAAACUAGCGCGCGCACAGAAAUCUUAACAAGUAUUCUAGCGAAAAGACAACGUGAUUAGCGUUUUAGUAAACUCAUCGAAUUAAGACUAGCGCUUCAGUAAAUCGGUUAAAAAACGCCGACUGACGCUUUACUAAAGAGACAAAACCAUGAUUGUAGCAAACCAGUAAAAUCCUGACACGUUUUUUGAUCAGCCUGGCGGAAAAAACACUCUCGCUAGCAUGCUAGCAAACACACAUCCAAGCAGAUAAAAUUCUGACUAGUGUUUUAAUAUCGUGGCCAAAACACUAACACGAUACUAAACAAGACAAAACAAUGAUUAGGACUUUAGUAAACUAGUUAAAAAAAAUAAAAAUAAAAACUAACAGGUAUUAUAGCAAACGGAAACGCAUUAAGUGACCACCGACUGAACAGGAGGAACAUUUAGCAGCGACCCUGGUGCUCUGAAGGUGGAUUUAUUUAUUUAAAACGUAUUUAGAAAGACACACGGUUGAAAUCGACAGCGUUUUUCACGUUCUCUCCCGUCGGCCCCAGUCAGCGGGUUAAAUCUGUGCCGCGGACAUAAGGCGCACGCUCCAAUGCCGGGAGAUUAACGAGAGAGCUCACGCAGGACAGCUAAAAAUGAACAUGUUUCCAAAUGUCUUUGCUCCAUUAAGCCCGCGCUGAGCCGUGUGGCGCUUUGACCGUCAGGACAUUUAUUUUUAUUUUUUUCCCUUUUAGUCCGAAUGCUUUUUCCUCCUCCGUUCGGCGCAUUGUCAUUUACAAGCGAUGCAAAAGCACACGCUGGAACGAAGCUGAGCGUAAUGGUUUCCAGCCCGAUAAUCGUUGGGAUUCCGCGCCCCACGGCGCAGUCAGCUCGUGAAAUCUUGUGAAGGUUACGGAAAAAAACGAAGUGGGGGGAGAGAAAGGCGCACGUUGGUUUUGUCCCGCUGUCGGAAAGCGGCGUGCGGAACUGCGUGACGCCCGUCGGACAUUUUGACACCCGCGCCCGAACGGGCGACUUCUAAAUAAAACCUUUUAAACCGCCUGGCUUGACGUGACGGGAGUGGCGUACUGGAGCGCGGAUGCCGGAGAGAUGUCACUCUGAGAGCAGCGGGGAACGAAACGAAGCCGAGAGAUGCUUUUCGGAACUUCGGAUGACGCAGACGCGGGUGGAAACGCGUCUGCGCUUGGAUUGCGAUAACACUUUUUACGACCGCGGUGAGCUGAAAAGCAUCUCGAUGCAGACCGCCAUGUCACGUUCCACUUCAGAGCACUUCUCACCUGGUUUCCUACUGAAGCUAAGCAGGGUUGAGCCUGGCCAGUACCUGGAUGGGAGACCUCCCGGGGAAAACCAAGGUCACUGCUCUAAGUGGUAUUAGUGAGGCCAGCAGGGGGCGCUCACCCUGUAUUCUCUGUGGGUCCUAAUGCCCCAGAAUAGUGAUGGGGUUGAGACGAUAAACCGAGGUCCUGACUCUCUCUGGUCAUUAAAAACCCCCAGGUCACUUCUCGUAAAAAGAGUAGGGAAAGUCUUGGAGGAAUUCCCCCAUUGGACCUCAUCUAUCACGGCCCCCUAAUAAUCCCCAUCUCUGAAUCGUCUACAUCACACUCUCCUCUCCACGAAUUUCUGGUGCACUAUAACCGCCAUCGCGUCAUCCAGGUGGAUGCUACCCACUAUGUAAAGCGCUCUGAGUGUCUAGAGAUGCGUUGUAUAAAUGUAACCGUAACUAACUAACUCCUUUCAGCCAAGAACAGGAAUCCGACGCGACAGUGGGCGGAGCCGCACCAAAACCGUCCAUUUCCUUACAAUACAGAUGCAAACUUGCAUCUUGUUACGUAUCAUACAUCUAGUGAUGUAGUGAACGUGCUAACUUGGAUGCAUGUCAUCAUAAUAAGGAGGCUAGCAUACUACUUAGCGUUGUACACGUGCUAACUCGUGACCUAGCAUCAGGUAACAGGAAGAGCCCACCCACUCGCUUGACAGCACCUGCACCUUACAUACAGGGAGUCCCAAAAGUCAUACAUACAGGGGAAAUCAACACUUUGAAGCAAAAUAUCUUCCAGAAUGUUUCGUAUUUUGUUUAUAUUUUUUAUAGCCUUUGACAAAAGUAGACGAAAUCAUUCUAGGACGUUUGAACACGGCAAACACGUCGCACGUGACACCGUUGCCAAACUCAAAAAGACAGGAAGUGUUGAGGACCGACCGAGAAGAAGUGGGCGUCCACGGGCGUCCACGGACGAACGGACAGUAUAGUCCCCUAUGCAUGGAGACUUUUGGGACACCUUGUAGAUUAGAUUUGGUCCCGUGUCUCGUACGAGUCUAGUUUUAUUUAUUUAUUUAUUUAUUUAUUUAUUUAUUUAUUGCCCUGCUGUGCACAGCUGAAUCACCGAGCUUUAAAUUUAGCACGACCCGAGUAACACGCGCCGCAUGGGUUGUAUAUAUCUUGAUUUGUCAGCUCAGAGUGUGUGAUUUGGGAUGCCCCGGUAGCUAUUUUUGGAUCGGCUUUUUGGUGUGGCAACAAUAACGGUCACGUUUCUACACGAUCACGAAGACGACCCGAUCUUCCGGCGGCGUCCUGCCGUUAACGUUAUACCACAGCGGUUUGGCCGAAAGAAACGGACGACGAUGAAUAAACCCGGCUGACCGGCGACGAUCCGGUUGGAGUGUCCCGGUGCUAACUGGUGAGUCAGUGAGCUGAGUCACGAGCUGGAAAUGGAAGUACGGAAAGGAGUAUGUCAUCAGGACCGUAGGCAGUGUUUGGAUAACACGCCAUAUGGGGAGCAUGCUUGUUGUUUUGUCAGUUUACAGUGUGAUUUUCAGUCGCCUGCGGUGGGUCUUGUGCACGAUUGUUCUACUUUUUUUGUUCUGAACAUGGUGGCUAACACUAUUUUGCUCUUUUGUCCUGGAGAGCUUCAUCCUGGACCCGGUAAUCCGUUAUCCGAACCUGUUGUGUACCUUUCCGUUUCUAUUCCGUUCAGAAUAACGUCGCGGAAGACACUCGUCACGUGACGUCUCGAUUUAAUUUCUUUGCUCCGGUCGUUUUUUGAGAUUUCGAGAUCUUUCGUGUGGUGUGGUUGUACCUUUUGGGUGUGCGCAAACAGGAAGCUCAGCUGGUGUCUCAUCUGAUGUCUAGGGCCAGAUAAGCGCCCGGGCCAAAUUCUUUGCUAUUGGUCAGGGCUUGAACUGGGGCAGAAACCAAGUGUCCGAAUUCCCGGGGUGGGGGGUGAGGAGAGCUUUAGAAAGAAGAGCAGCUGCCAGUCGCAGUGCUGCUGACAUCACACCCUGGGAUAUUUUAAAAGAGGCUGAGAGGCUUGUGGAUCGAGCGUUUGCUGUGGCCACACAGAUCAGCCAGUCUCCACGUUAGUGCAUGACGUGAAUCUCUAAGGUUCUCGAGUAGGCACUAGUUGACGGUGCUUUCGGUCGUCGUCGAGAAGAUCCAGCUACUCGUUUCUAGUCCUCGAGCUCUCCGUGUAACCUAAACGUUAUUUUAUUUUUUAAAAGGUUUUGUUAUAAGAUAAACACUACAAACUCUUUCCUUUUCUUCCUCCGGGAUAUGAGCUACUAGUUCCCUGGACUAACUUGGCGAUGCUCCGGCAUUGCCCCAUCCCACGCUUUUCAUCCGUCUGCCAUUACAAGAAGAAGAAAAUGCCCAAAUCCUCGCCCAAGGAGAAGGCUCCCCAGACUCCACCGGAGAGCCUGGCUCUGGAGCUUUUGGACCUCAAGGAAGUGGCUAGGGAGCCUUCACAGAAAGUGUUGAAGAUCUUCCGGAUUAAUAUCAUCACACAGGGCCUGCCUUUCUGCCGCAGACGGAUGAAGAGGAAGUUGGACCAUGGACCCGAAGUUCGGCCGUUCCCUUCAGGCAAAAAGCCCUGUCCGAGUCCGACGGGUUUGGUCCCGUAUCCAUCCACCCCCACUACAUUCGGCGACCUGAGAGCUGCUAACGGACAGGGACAGCAGAGACGCCGCAUCACCUCCAUCCAGCCUCCGACGGGCUUACAGGAAUGGCUCCGUACCUUCCAGAGUUGGAGCGGGCCGGAGAAGCUCUUGGCGCUGGACGAGUUGAUUGACAGCUGUGAGCCGACGCAGGUGAAGCACAUGAUGCAGGUGAUCGAGCCACAGUUCCAGAGAGACUUCAUCUCCCUACUGCCCAAAGAGUUGGCUCUGUAUGUUCUGUCCUUCUUGGAGCCGAAGGAUUUGCUCCAGGCCGCUCAGACGUGUCGAUACUGGCGAAUCCUGGCGGAGGACAACCUGCUCUGGAGAGAAAAAUGCAGAGAGGAAGGUAUCGACGAGCCGUUACACAUCAAGAGGAGGAAGGUGGUGAAGCCAGGAUUCAGUCACAGCCCGUGGAAGAGCGCCUACAUCAGACAGCACCGCAUCGACACCAACUGGAGGAGAGGAGAGAUCAAAUCACCUAAGGUGUUGAAAGGACACGACGAUCACGUAAUCACAUGUCUGCAGUUUUGUGGGAAUCGUAUUGUUAGCGGUUCAGACGAUAACACGCUCAAAGUGUGGUCUGCAGUCACGGGAAAGUGUUUGAGGACGUUGGUCGGGCACACGGGCGGCGUUUGGUCCUCUCAGAUGCGAGACAACAUCAUCAUCAGCGGCUCGACGGAUCGAACUCUGAAGGUGUGGAACGCGGAGACGGGAGAGUGCAUUCACACGCUGUACGGACACACGUCCACCGUGCGCUGCAUGCACCUCCACGAAAAGAGGGUGGUGAGCGGGUCUCGGGACGCGACGCUGCGCGUAUGGGAUAUCGACUCGGGUCAGUGUUUGCACGUGUUGAUGGGUCACGUGGCGGCGGUGCGCUGCGUGCAGUACGACGGACGCCGCGUCGUCAGCGGAGCCUACGACUUCAUGGUCAAAGUGUGGGACCCCGAGACCGAGACGUGCUUACACACACUGCAGGGACACACCAACCGGGUCUACUCACUACAGUUCGACGGCGUCCACGUGGUCAGCGGUUCUUUAGACACGUCCAUCCGCGUGUGGGACGUGGAAACGGGGAACUGCAUACACACGCUCACGGGUCAUCAGUCCCUCACCAGCGGCAUGGAGCUGAAAGACAACAUCCUGGUGUCGGGCAACGCCGACUCGACGGUCAAAAUCUGGGACAUAAAGACGGGACAGUGUCUCCAAACGCUGCAAGGUCCUCAUAAGCACCAGAGCGCCGUGACGUGUCUGCAGUUCAACAAGAACUUUGUGAUCACGAGUUCGGACGACGGCACGGUGAAGCUGUGGGAUUUGCGCUCGGGAGAUUUCAUCCGGAACCUGGUGAGCCUGGAGAGCGGCGGCAGCGGCGGAGUCGUGUGGAGGAUCCGAGCCUCCAACGUGAAGCUGGUGUGCGCCGUGGGCAGCAGGAACGGCACCGAGGAGACCAAACUGCUCGUGCUCGACUUCGACGUCGAACUCAAGUGAACUGGACAUGAAGCGAAGGGAGAGAAAGAGAGGCGGGGGUUGGGGGGUUGUGCAGAAACGGGCCUCCUCGCGCAGCUCCGCCACUGGACUCACCACUGCUCACCGUUCCUGCCAUGAAUCGCCCCUUUAGUGACCGCUGCUGCGAUUUAUUUUUUUGGUUGAAAGGGGGGGGGGGGACGAGGGUUGUGCUUCUUCAGAAAGGGGGUGGGGCAUAACUGAAGUGCGCCUUCUUGCGCAGCUCUGAGACUGGACCCCCACCGUAUAGAGGCAUCAUCCUCCUCCAUCUUUAGAAAGGGGUGGGGGCAGGAACGAGGAGGCGGGGCUUCUGCAUUCUGGGAAGGAAGGCUUCCUCAUGCAGCUCCAUGACUGGCAUCUGCUUGUCUGGUCCCUUUUGUGUUGUUUUUUUUUUG